UAACAUUUUUCAAUCAAAAUAUAUAAAAAAACUUCACACUCAAUAUUUUCUAUCCGCGCUUUUUUCUCUUUAAGAAACGGCUACUAUUUUAAUACCAUUUACUUACUAAAAUGGAAACAUCUUGAUUAGGUAAUAAUCGCAUAUUGUUUGUGGAUUGCUUGUGCAGUUUUAUUAAGCAUGGCUAACAAAAAAUAAAUAAUAAAUGGAGGAAGAUUUACCUGGUGAAAAUUUGAUUUCAGUCGAAAAUGAAGCGGAAAAAACCCGGAAGCCCCCCGAAGACUUAGUCGAAGAGUGGGCCCCAUGGCGACUCGUGGUGUCCAUUAAAAACCCCAACGCACCCCCGCCAGUUGCCGUGCGGUCACCCCCUGGAUACGCCUGGGACAUUGCUCAGGUUCUGAAAGCAGCCCACCUGCUCUCGAAGCCCCCGAAGAAGGUAGACUUCGCUGAUGAACAGCAAAUGCGAUGCGUCUACUCUCUCAUCUACGACGUGUUUCGGUAUAAGUCCAUAUUAGAACAAGCUAUAGAAGACAUCGACUUUUUCGGCGACUUCCCACAGUACGGCGACAAUCAUCACACAGUCUGGCUAUUUCUCAUGGAGCUGACCCGUCGGCGCUGGGGCGCGAGGCCCAGAGGCGAGGCCGAACGCGCGGUGAGGCUUUUGAAAGAGGCGGGCUCACCGUACCAGGACAUUGAGAAUACUGUGUGGGAGCAACGAGUGCACUUCGCUGCCGCUAUAGCCAGGAUACGGAUUAAGAAUAGGGCUUUCUCAUUAAGAGAUCUUCUGCCACCACACCUGAGGGACGAACCUUUGGCGACUUGCGUGAAUAAAGAAUCUGUCACUGGAUGGGUCAAUACUUUUAAAGCCACGAAAGUAGCGAAUCUUGUGAUGAAACUCCACGAGCUGGGCUACUCGUACAGUGGAUCACGACAGCUAUGCGCAGGAGAGUACAGAUUCGAUCGCGUCUGCCCAAGGUUUAUCACACUGCGCCCUCCAGCUGAUAAAACCAUCGGACAGCUGGAUCUGGUCAAAGAUGGAAUCAUCGUGUUGCAGGAGCGUGAAUUCUGCGAAGGCGCCUCAACACUCUGCCGAGCGCUGCGCGCGAACAGCCUCCGCGGCGUAGUCGCCCAGACCCACGCAUCCUCCCCACGUAGCUCGGCGUAUUUAGCGGCUCAGCUGCGGGAGCUAGGGGCGGUGCUGAAGGCCAGUGCACCCGCCGCGCCCGCUACCCCACAGCUUGGCAAACUCGUCGUGUUCGGGGCUGGAGACAAGGUAUCCAGUUACGUCGGCGCCCUCAGAGACCUAGGCAUCGAGGCCUCCGAAGCCCCUCAAUCCAGCGCUCCAGUCUGCGUCAUCAGUGAUGAGGUGUACUGCGAUACUCCAGUUGUGACCAGCGCCCUCGAUGGCGUGGUAGCUGUGCUGGCCACACCGCCUAAUUCUUACUCUGCUGUCACGGAUCCUAUUGAUCUUGUGUGUGGAAGAGGAGGCGACUUGGCUAUGCUGGAGAUUCUUACAGAAUCUGAAAUAGACGCUAAAGGUAGAGAACGAGUUCAAUUUAUACUUGAGGAGCAGAAGAAGACCCUCAAGACACUGUUAUCAAAGCCUCAGAUCCAGUUGAUUCUGUACGAGACCCACUCAGCUCUCGAGGCCGAAAACCAAGCUCAAGUCACACGGGCCGUCGCCGAGGCCAACCGCCUCGCCCGCGAGAGACACGUGCUGCUCAAGAAGAAACAUAAAGACCAUCACAUUUCUAGUCCCAAGAAAGACAUCACCGAGGUAGCGAGCACAACAUCGUCCUCUUCGCUGGAUAACGCGGUAGUGCCCACUGACAGAGAUUACUCUGUGGCCAGCAAGUCUCGACCGGCGACUGCUUGUACUAACAGUUCCAGACCGGCUACCGUCAGCGUUCUCAGAAAGCAAACGGACCGGUCCGAGCCGGACACGCGUCCGGGUACAACCAGCAAGGUCCGGCCCGUCCCGGAAACACCCGUAACGAACGUACCGCGGGACCCCAACGAUGACAAUCCGGAUGUUUAUGUGCCAAACUGCGAUUUGUUCGAAAUCCAGACGCUGCCGAACCUUGGGAACGGUUUAGACAUAAACUAUAUUUUAGACAGAGACGGAUGCUACCUCGGACUCAUUCAGAGGAAGGAGAUCACCCGGCUAGACGCCAAGUUCAUGAUCCAAGUGGCGGAGGAGCGCGGGCUGUUCGGAGCGGCGACGCCAGCGGCGGCGCCGACACGGCGCAAGAAGGCCACGGAUACGGGUGCCACGAAGAGGCGCCGCGGGAAGGCGGGGACUUUUGAGGUGGACCGAAUCAACGCCCCGACGUACGCGUCGCUGUCACGGUCGUCGCGGCGCAACAGCGCGAGCGGGGCGGCGCCGGGCGCGCACGCGGCGGCGCCGCUCGCCGGGCCCGUGUGCGCGCGCCACGAGCGCCGCCAGGCCGCCGCCGCCGCCGGCUCCGCGCUCUGCGCGUGCGACGCCAGGCACAGGUUAUACCCGGGCUACCGCGACCGGCGCAUGUCGGCGGACGCUUUGAACCCCCGGCCGCCGCCGCCGUGCCGGCGCCCCUUCCCGCUCGUGGUGCACGACGUGCGCCUGCGCCGCUGGUCGCAGGAGUCCCUCGACUCGCUCGACGCACCUCCCCGCACUCUCCUCACGCACAAGAAUACGUAUCAGAAUAUGUUUGAUUUUUAGUUUUUGUUAGGUCAAGAACAGGUAGUACUGGCAAGUGCCAAGCGGCUGAUUCGAACUUUAGAUUUCAUAUUGACAUCACACGUCCGUGCGUACCGCUCGAGCAAGAUAUAAACAUAUCAACAAGAAAUAUUCGUAAGUUCGAAAGCCCGCGAAAUCCGAAAAUCUAAAUUUCGUAUUCUGCCUCUGUAUCGCUCUUACGUAUCGAGUGAUAGAGAGAUAGAUAACAAGAUUUUGAUUUGCGUGUUUCGCGUUCGGGUCUCGGCCGGAUUUUUUUAUUCCAUUUAUACCUAGCUAAGUGCGAGUCGGACUCGCACACGAAGGGUUCCGUACCAUUAUCUAUAAAAACGGUCACCCAUCCAAGUACUGACCCCGCCCGACGUUGCUUAACUUCGGUCAAAAAUCACGUUUGUUGUAUGGGAGCCCCACUUAAAUCUUUAUUUUAUUCUGUUUUUAGUAUUUGUUGUUAUAGCGGCAACAGAAAUACAUCAUCUGUGAAAAUUUCAGCUGUCUAGCUAUCACAGAUCACGAGAUACA